AUGAGCGCUCAUCCCAAGCCCGAGGACAACAAGACGGCUUCCGAGCACGUCGCCGAGCACGCCGUCGAGGAGCAUGGCGGCUCCGACAACACCACCGAUGCCAAGGCCAUCGACCAGGCGCUCGCCGCGGGCCAGGCCGUCCAGAUGCGUUCCGAGCUCGACGACUUGCCCAUCACCAAGGCGUUCCGCGUCUUCUGGCGCGUUACCUCGCUGUGCAUGCUUGCCGCAUUCGCGUCCGCGCUCGAGGGAUAUCAGUACACUCUGACGGCAUCCAUCGUCGCGAACAAAGGGUUUAUCCGGCAGAUGGCCAACGGCGGCACCAAGCUCGCCCCCGAACAUGUGUCCCUCUGGGGUGGAAGUCUCAGUCUGGGACAGUUUGUGGGAGUCUUGGGUCUGCAGGCGUGCAUCGACAGACUGGGUCGCAAAUGGGCCAUGCACAUCACAUGGUUCGCAUUGGUGAUCUCCGUCCUCGUCGAGUCCGUCUCGAGCAACUGGAUUCACUGGUUUGUCGCCAAAUUGAUCGCGGGUGUCGGGUUGGGCAUGAUGCAGGCUACAUACCCCGUUUAUAUCUCUGAGUUAUCGCCUACCCAGAUUCGUGCCGGUCUUACAACCGCCUAUCAAUUCUGGAACGUCUUGUCCCAUAUCUUUUCCCCGUUGGCUCUCCGACAGCUGAGCUACACCGACCCGUACAACUGGAAGACUGCAAUCUACACCCAGUGGGGCAUGUUGGUUGUCAUGCUUGGCAUCAAUCUGUUUGUUCCGGAAAGUCCUUGUGAGUUUAUUCUACCUACCGCGGCCGUAUUUCCCUGUCCUGAGACUGACGUAAACUUCUUAGGGUGGCUCGUCCAAAAGGACAAGAUCCCUCAAGCUGAAAAGGUCCUGACAAUGGCGUACAAGAACGUCCAGAGCUACAACGUAAAGGAACAGCUGUCCAUCAUCAUCGCCACCAUCGAGCGUCAUCGCCUCGUCAGCGUCGAGCAAAAGUCCCAGCUCAAGGAGAUCUUCAGCGGCAUCAACCUUUGGCGUCUAUUGAUCGCCUUCUGGCCCAAGGCCAUGCAGCAACUGGUCGGACAGAGCUUGACCAACAACUACAGCACCUACUUCUUCCAGCUGGCCGGAAACUCGGACGCGUUCACCGUCACAAUGAUCCUCGCCCUCUGCCAGCUUGUGGGCGUGAUGGCCUGUGCACUGUUCGCCGACAAGUUCGGUAAGCGGUGGUUCACGAUCGGCAUGUUCGGUUCUGCAGCCGUGGCUGUCCUCUGCAUCGGUAUUGUCGGAUGCUUCGAUUAUACCAGUAAAGACCUGGGUAGCCUGCUGGUCUUCUUUGGCUGCGUGUCCAACUUUGGUUGCAUUGGUGGCGCCGGCAUCGCAUACACCUACGUCGCUGAGAUUCCUACUCAGCGUCUCCGUGCUAGAACCGGCUCCGUGGCCCUGAUGGGUUCUUUCCUGCUCGGUAUCCUGUUCAACUACACUGUCCCCUUCAUGCUCCAGGUUUGGGCCGUCAAGUCUGGAUUUUUCUUUGGCACUGUCGGUAUCCUCUCGUGCGCUGUUGGGUGGUACAUCCUGCCUGAGAUGGCUCGCCGAACCCCGGCCGAGAUCGACGAGAUGUUCCAGGACAAGAUCAAGCCAAGGGCUUUCAGGAAGCACGUUACCCAGGUCCAGAUCUACCUCCAGGAGAAGGAGGAGAGGGAGAAGGAAGCCAGGGAAGUGAAGGGAGUGCAGGAGGUGCAGGAAAAGCUGGGAUAG